UAGUCUUUCGUGCAAUAACUUUCCUGAGAGUUUCGAGCACAUGGCCGGAAUAAGCCUGACAUGUUUUAUAUCUGAAACAAUGAAAUUGAGUUUUUCAUCGCUUGUUGGGCUUUGGCUUGGAUUGCUGUUAUCACCUUAACGUGGUACAUUUGGGUUCCUCGGGUCGAGAGAAUGGCAAAACUGGAGAGGUUGUUUUCCGGCAGUUUUUACCAUUUCUUCUUCCCUGAUUUGAAUAUGUUCCUUCAAAGGAGAAAUGACCAUCAAAUUGGAGCAACACACAAACAAUGUACAAUCGAGUGACGUUCCAAAAGUUAUUAUCUGCGUAACAAUGUGGCACGAAACAUGCCAAGAAAUGUGUCAGCUUCUAAAGUCUAUUUGCAGAUUAGAUCUGCAUUUAUCAAUUCGAGAGGAAGCUGACACUGUAGGAGAGGACGGAAUCGGGACAGAAGACGGAAAACAAAACGCUGAAAAGAAAACACAAGACCCUGAUAAAAUUCAAAUUGAGGUUCAAAUAGUAUUUGAAGAUGCAUUUUGCUCAACAAAAAACGGUCGUGAGGUUAAUGAAUAUCUGCUCCAGUUUAUGUCAUGUUUGCAAAAGGCUGUUGGAUCCGUGUUAAAAGUCAAGGAGCUCGUGAAGUGGAAUAAAACAUUCCAAAGGAAAGUGGUUCAGACCCCUUAUGGUGGACAAUUCGUUCUACAACUCCCAGGCGGUACACAAAUGACGGUGCAUUUGAAGGAUAAGAAAAAGAUAAGGGCCCGAAAACGAUGGUCGCAGCUGAAAAAGACAUUCAUUCUAACCCUUGACGAUGAUGUAGACUUUGAACCGAAGUCAGUUCUACGAAUGAUGGAUCGAAUGAAGAUGAACAACCGUGUCGAAGCAGUUUGUGGCAGGAUUCACCCAAUAGGAUCAUUGACGAUAACGUACACUAAAGAGCCAGAGGAGGGAAAACACCUUGUGCAGUUUGAACAAGGCGAGGAUAGGUGGCUUUGUACUCUUCUCAUUAAACGAGGAUACAAGAUAGACUACUCUGCAGCCGCAGAUGCAAAAACUUUUGCGCCAGAAAACUUGUGGGAUUUUUUGUACAACGACGGCGCUGGUCACCAUCAACAAUGGCAAAUAUGA